UAACCGUAAAAAACUUCAAAUUGAAGGCAGAAAUCUUUCGAAAUCUCUCUCCAUUUUCUUUUAUUUUUCCUGUCUGGAUUGUUGUUUCUUCAAGUCUAAUUUUCUGACCAAAAGCCCUACUCUAUUCACCUCUUUUUCUUUCAUCCAAACAAAUUACCGUCAUCAAUUUAACAAUUUCAAGAAUGAAGAUCCAAACUUACAGUCUAAUUCUUGAAGUGUAUUGCCAAGCUGGAUCUGGGAUUAUUGUAUUUUACCCUAGUUCCUAGUUUUCUCUCUACCGUUCAAGAUCUGAUCUUUUUCAAUAAUUUAGACGAGGGUCAAUCGCAAUUGAUUGUUGAUUAAACCCCCUAAUACCAAUCUCAAUUCCAAGAUCCAUUUUAUUCGUUUCUUCAAUCUUUGAGGUCAAUUUCAGAUCAGUUUGAAUUCAAAGGUUUUAGAGCUCUGCGUAAAUGAAAGAACUGAAUCCUACAGAUCCCAUUGGGCAAAACUUAAUUAAGCUGAUAAGCAAUGUCUGUUUCUCAGUAUUUGUGUUCUCAGUCCUUAUAUUUACUGUAAUUGCAAUCACAUACCAACCUCCGGAUCCGUGGGAGUCCUCUAGAGCUUUGACCAAGGUCUUCACAGAGGUAGAAAAUGCCACUUUCAAGACGGAUUCUUCCGUCCUUAAAACGGGCGAGGACAUUGGCAUUGUGCCAGUGUCAUCGCCUACAGGAUCGUUGAUCCCGAUUACUGAAGCUUCUAUUGAGAAAUCCGAAGAGGAACUUGAGAAAAAUUUGACCUUGAAAUUGGGUUGCGGAGAUGUGAAUGUAGUCAAUUGUUCAGAUCCUAGGGUUUUAAUUGCUAUCCAGAGGUUUAAUUUGAGGACUUUUAAGUCAAUUGUGUUUUUGGAUUAUCAAACACCAGUGAAUGGAUCGAAACCUGAUGAAUGUGACGUGGCGUGGAGGUUCAGGAACAAGAAAGAGAGGUCUUGGAGAAAGUAUAGGGAUUUCCGGAGGUUUAAGGUGGGCUUUAAGGAUGAUUGUAGUUACAAGGUGAUUCAUCCAGGACGAUGGCAUUCUGGUUUGAAUGCACGCCGUCCAAGGAGUCGAAUUAGUGCCACUGGAAAUGAUCAAAAGGCUAAAAUUGCUCCAUCAGUGCUAGACAAUGAGAUCAAUGAUACAAUUCCUGUGUUGGGAUCAGAUUCAGCAUUUAGAAAGGGGAAGUACUUGUACUAUUCACGAGGAGGAGACUAUUGUAAAGGAAUGAAUCAUUAUCUUUGGAGCUUCUUGUGUGCCCUUGGUGAGGCCCAGUAUUUGAAUCGUACAUUUGUUAUGGAUUUGAGCAUUUGUCUAGCAUCAACUUAUACACAAAGCAACAAGGACGAGGAAGGAAAAGAUUUUCGAUUCUAUUUUGAUUUUGAACAUCUGAAAGAAGUAUCUUCUGUUGUCGAUGAAGGUGAUUUUCUCAGAGAUUGGAAGAGAUGGGACAAGACUCAUAAAACGAAAAUUCCAGUUAGAAAGGUUGCAAGCUAUAAGGUGACACCAAUGCAAUUAAGGAAAGACAAAAGCUCGAUCAUAUGGAGGCAAUUUGACGCUCCCGAGCCGGAAAACUAUUGGUACAGGGUUUGUGAAGGUCCGACAGCUAAAUAUAUUGAAAGGCCAUGGCAUGCGAUUUGGAAAUCAAAGAGAUUAAUGAACAUAGUUUCUGCUAUUAGUGGGAGCAUGGACUGGGAUUUUGAUGCAGUUCACGUGGUAAGAGGAGAGAAAGCACAGAAUAAGGGGCUGUGGCCUAAUUUGGAUGCCGAUACAUCACCCGAUGCCCUUGUUACUAAGCUUCAAGGGAUGAUUGAACCUUGGAGAAAUUUGUACAUUGCCACCAACGAACCAUUCUACAAUUACUUUGAUAAGUUGAGAUCUCAUUACAAAAUUCAUUUGCUUGAUGAUUACAAGUAUUUAUGGGGAAACACGAGUGAGUGGUACAAUGAGACGAGAAUUCUGAAUGGUGGUCGCCCUGUUGAGUUUGACGGCUACAUGAGAGUUGAAGUCGAUACUGAGGUCCUUUAUAGAGCAAAGACACGAGUAGAGACGUUCUACAACUUGACUAACGAUUGUAAGGACGGGAUCAAUAUGUGCUCAGCAGGUUAAUAGUGCCAUUCAUUGUUUCACAUAUGUUGUUCGCCUGUUUUAACAGUUGUCUGUAUUCACAAUCAAAAUAGUCUGAUUCGCAAAGUCUUUCUUGCUAUCAAGAAUUGUUUUGCGCCUGUCACAGACACAGUAUACCGCAGUUGAUGAUAUCUAGUUUACGAUUUUGCAGAAAACAAAUUGCUUCUCUGCUUCAUGUUCCGUUUGGUAUGUUGUGUUAGUUUUGUGAUUGUACUGGUUAAGAUUUGUAGAUGUCAAUUAAAAACAUGGACAAACGAAACCCAUUUCUCAAUUUUCAAAAUCAUAGAGGUUUUUUCCA